AUGUCAUUGCUUAUCCCAACACUAAGAGACCAACACGAUGCACAUGGCGAUUUAGAGGAAGACGAGGCCUACCAAAAUCUAUUAAUCAAAGAGCAAAACUCGACAAACAAUAAAUACAUUUGGAAGUUUGAAGCGGUAAAAGGAUUUUUUAAACAAACUGACGAACAAACCGAUGAUAUGGCGUUUAGAUACACUGAACAAAAACUCGGCAGGUUAGAUGAUUGGGAAACAAUAGUGACUAAUCUCCAACUGUUGAAUCGUGAUUCUCCAGAUAAUGAAACUUAUAAAUUGAUCUUUUUGGCCCGACAUGGGCAAGCAAAAAGUAAUGUGGCGUCUCAAAAAUAUUCAAAAGAGGAAUGGAUGCGUAAAUGGAGAUUUUUGGGGACUGAUGGUGAACUAACUUGGGGUCCUGACGCUGAUUUGACUGAGUUGGGGCUUAAACAAGCAGCAGAAAACCAUCAGUGCUGGAAACAACAACUACUUGAAGGUGCACCCUACCCUAAACGAUUCUAUGUUUCCCCCUUGCAAAGGCUGAUCAAAACCCACAAUAUUACUUGGCCAAACACCAAGCCCAUCGUACUUGAAAACGUACGUGAAACUAUUGGUUUACAUUUGUGUCAUAAAUGCUCAAACAAGUCAUCUUUAGAAGAGAGGUUUCCCAAUCUUGUGUUUGAAGACGGAUUCACUGAGGAGGAUUUAUUGUUCGAUAAAUAUCUCCCACGAAAAGAGCACUUGCACGAGCAAUUCUUGAGAAUUAAUGGGGUUUUACAAGAUAUAUUCAGUUCUGAUGAGGAGGAUAUCUUAUGUAUAACAUCACAUGCGGGCACUAUUAGAGCAUUCAUCACGGUGUUGGGCCAUCGAAAGUUUACCAUCCCAACAGGUGGAAUGAUACCAGUAGUAAUCAAAGGAACGAGAACUUGCUAA